AUGCAUCCACCAGGCGGACGGCAGCAGACGCACGCUCAGUAUACCCUCGGAUUCGACGAUGGAAAGAUUGGCAAACCAGAAGAAGCUGAACAGUACUCGACCUCUCGAAUCGGAGGGAGACCAGCUCUUCUGCCACUCUCAAACACAGCGAUACCCGAGAGCGAUCUGGAGUGUCUGGUAUGCCAGAAACCGAUAGCCAUGCUGGUUCAAGUCUACUGUCCUAGCGACCAAAACCCGUACCACGAUCGGAUCCUCUAUCUGUUUGGAUGUGCGGACCAGCAAUGUCAAGCUCAAGGCUCAUCGAGAUGCGUCAGAGGAUUCAAGUCGUGGAAAUUCAACGAGGAGUACCAUAGACAAUCAUCGGCUCAACAGACCAGGUCCUCGCACCCACAAAGUGCGCUCGAUUGUAAACUGUCUGAUCUGGGGGAUAAUCCAUUCAAGAUGAACGCUCCAAACCUGUUCGACCAAUCCUUCGAUAACCCCUUCUCAGCUCCUACUCCUACUCAUACUCACCGUCCGACACCAGACCCGAGUCCACUCGUCAAUCCAUUCUCAAACCUGACCCUCGAACCAACCGAGACCACACCCACCAAGUCUUCUGCUCAGGAACACAAUCUGAGACUAGUGGCCAGCUUGCCUGCGUUGUGUACACCACCCCACUAUCUGGCCACCGAUUAUGAACUCAAGCCAAAACUAUCGUCAUCCAGCACGUUCAAGGAGCUCAUUGAUGACCAUCAACCUCCACCACCUUCUUCAUCCACAUCAAAAAACGCCCAACAGAAGCCUCCACCCAACAAACAAAAAUCAUCAGCCCGCUCAGCUCCAUCUGCAUCCAUCCCACCCGCAAACGCCCAAGAAUCCUAUGAGGUCCAAGCUGUCAAGGGCGUCGAUCCCGCUUUCUUGGACUUCCAGGAUCGAAUUAAUUGGAGUAGCCAAUCCACCCAAAUCAUCAGGUAUAAUCCCAAGGGACGAGCACUACCAGUCCACUCAAGCAAACCGACCCCGUCGAUCGUGUCCCUAAGAUGCGGCCAUCGUAGUCGCUUCGAGCUGCAAUUCAUGCCAGCCGGCUUGCGCUUGUUUUCCGCCCCGAUCGACUGGACCACCGUCUGGAUCAACGACUGCGUCCAGGACUGCUGCUCCCCUCAUCCUUCCAGUCCUGCCUCGCUUCAAGAGGGAUGGACAGAAAUCCAAUGCUUCGUUCAAUCUGUCGUCGAUUAA